AUGAAUGGUGCAGAAAAAAGACAAAUACAACAUAGAUGUGAGUCAAAUAGAAAGAGUCUGCAACCUAAUUCACACUUGCUCAGUUACAAUAAAAAUUACAUCAGAGAAAACUCCUAUGAAUACAAGGAAUGUGGAAAAGCCUUCAAAAACAAGUUUUGUCUCAUUAGACAUGAAAAGAAACAUCUAAGGAAAAAUAAAACCUUUGAAUGCAAUGACUGUGGGAAAGCCUUUAGCAGUAAGGGACACCUUAUAGCUCAUCAAAAAAUUCAUGGGGGAGGGAGACCCUAUGUGUACAAUGAUUGUGGGAAAGCAUUUAUGCAUAAAGCACAACUGGUGGUCCAUCAGAGACUCCACACGGGAGAGAAACCUUACGAAUGCCCUCAGUGUGGGAAGUCGUUCACUUGGCACUCCUCCUUUACCCAACAUGUGAAAUUGCAUACACUUGAGAACUCAUUUGAAUGUAAGGAAUGUGGGAAAACCUUCAGGUAUAGCUCAUCCCUUUAUAAACAUUUUAGAAUUCACACAGGAGAAAAACCAUACAGGUGUAUAGAAUGUGGCAAAGCCUUUGCAGACUCCUCAAUGCUAGUCAUGCAUCAGAGGAUUCAUACAGGUGAGAAACCCCAUGGGUGUACUAAAUGUGGAAAAGCCUUCAUCAAGAAGUCACAUCUCCUUAAACAUUGCUUCACUCACACAGCAGAGCAACAAAACAAAUGCAGCAUGUGUGGGAAAUCUUUUAACCGGAAGACACAUCUCAUUCUCCAUCAAAGGAGUCAUAGAAACAUGGAAGCUAUGUGAAUGUGGGAAAACUUACAAUUAAUUAGCCUUUUAAUAAAGCAGCAAAGAA